GGCACCCGCCCCAACCACUGUUGAAAUGAGUAGCUGUAUUCCCACGCUGUGCUCUGGGAUUUUGAGAGGAAAUGUAGUGAGAGAAUCAUUCAAAAUAUUAUCAAGGGAGGGUCAGUCCUGGACUCCAAGCACAGCCCUUUGUAAUGCAGGUUGAGCCAAUGAGGAUGAGAAGAGAGCUAGCCGUUGCUUCUCAUACAGAGAGCAGGAGGGAGAGGAAGAAUACUGGAUCCAGACUCAUUGAGCUGUAAGCACACGCUGGCAUUGUUCAACUCUGUCAGGGACAGCAUCUUCUCAUUAAACAAAACUUCUUCCUUUUCAAUGGCAUCUCCAUGCUGCCUUCCAUACAGUGUUGAUCUGAGAGGACGCACUACUUUGUGGGAAUUGUCCAUGGAUCUUAUGGAACGGAGAGCAACAUUCAAACGAUUCUUUUAGUUUGGUGAAUUUUGUGACUUCAACAGAACCCUGCUCCCCUGGGCACAGCUUCGGCUCUUACUCAUAGGUACUACCCUAAAUCCUGCGGCAGGGCCACAUAACACCGCCUGCAUCCGAUUAUACAGAUCUCUUUGCUGGCCAGUGGAACAUGAUCACCUUUUUGGCUGCAUCACUAUGUAUAUCCAGAUGGGCAUAACAUAUGUUUUCUGGGUCUCUGAUACAAUGAUAACCUGUCCCUGGAUGAGAGAAUGGGAAGAAAAGCUCUUCUUCAUCCUAAUCAUGGGGACUUUGGCUGGGGGGUCCAUUUCCCUUAACUGCCCCUCCUCUUGUAUAUGUGCUUCUGAUCUCCUCAGCUGUGUCAGGCAGAACCUGCACCAGGUACCAAAACCUCUGCCCUCUACUUCCGUAUCUCUGGACUUGAGCCAUAACAAUCUUACUCACCUCCACAACCAUUGGCUCACUAGCCUUUCAAGACUGCAUACCCUACGCCUUAGCCAUAAUCACAUCCGCCAGAUGCCAACCCAUGCCUUUCACAAUGCCACAGCGCUGCGCCAUCUGGACCUUUCUUCUAAUCUUCUGGAGGACAUUAGGGAAGAGUGGUUUAAAAGCCUUUGCAAACUUGAGGAACUUCUGCUAUACAAUAAUCGCAUUGGUUUUGUGGAUGAUGGUGCUUUCUCCUAUCUGACUAACAUACAAAAAAUCUAUUUAAGCUGGAACUUAAUGAGCAAUUUCUCAUUUCAGUCCAUGCAGAAUCUGACCAACCCCCACCUACGCACACUUGAUCUCUCCUCAAACAGAUUUCUGGAGCUUCCUGUGGAAGAGUUAUCUGCUUUACCGGCAUUUAUAAAGAAUGGCUUGUAUCUGCAUAACAACCCACUGACCUGCCACUGUGCCCUCUACGCCCUCUUCUCUCAUUGGGAUAAUCGGGGUUUUUCCUCUGUGGUUGAUUUUUUUGAAGCACAUACCUGUCUGUAUAUGGGGAACCCUCGUGCCAUAGUGCGCAUUCUACAGACACAGAAUGGAUUUGAUAACUGCUCACUUGGAAAGUUGCACAGACUGCCUGAUAAUGGUCUGAAGGUUCUUGUUGGGAAACCACUUAUGAUGACCUGCAAUACUAGCUUGCCCCAGGAAAACACUACCUAUCUUUGGAUCUUGCCUACGUAUGAGUUCCUUGUAUUUCCUGGGAACAGCAACCGAAGCUUAAGAAUUCACCACAAUGGUAGCCUAGAAAUCAGGAAGGCUGAAAUAUGGAAUGCUGGAUUCUACCUAUGUAUUGCAGUAAACAAAUGGCUUAAUUAUAACUCUACCCAUGAAGUUAACGUGACAGUGCAUUAUCCAAAACAUGAAGGUGAGACCUUUAAUACUGGACUUACCACACUUUUGGGUUGUGUUGUUAGCUUAGUGUUAGUCUUUGUAUAUCUCUACAUGACUCCCUGUAACUGCUUUCAUUGCUGCUUUAAGCAUCCCCACACCCCUAGUCCCCCACUAGAAAGCAGUGCCCAGUCAUCCAUCCUCUGUGGAACGCCGCCUGCCUCUGAAGGGCCCAACAGCCGCAGGGCUGGCAUCAACCGCCAUGUGGUCUUCUUGGAACCAAUCAAAGAGGGACGGGGUGGGAAAAACUCCAAAGUUAUACAGCUGCACUCAGACUCUGCUUCUGAUUCUGCUAGUUCUGUUUUUUCCGACAGUCCCAUUGUGCCUACUUAGGUGGAUAAGGUAAGCACUGUCGUAUCAUCCAGAUGGAAAACUUAAAAUAUAAUGCAACUGAUGGAUGACACGGUGAACAUCUCUCUGCAUAAGUGGAGCCAAUGACCACAAAGUCAGCAUCCUGGUGGCCGUUUUUGAAUGGCCAAGCACAAUGCCCUAGCUUAUGUGAAGCUGGUAGCCUGGAAUUCAAUUACCUAUAUUAUAGACAUGCCACUAAAUAAUGGGGACAGAACAAACAAAAUCCAUUCAACAAAAGGUUCAGAAACCUUUAUUCUACAUAAAGGAUAGCUUAUAAAACAUAAUCUAGAAACAUGAUUGUAGGAAAUUGGAGGGAGACUAUGACUUGUUAAGGCUUUCUGCUUUUCUCCAGUCAUCUAAUUAAAGAAUAAGAAAAGAAACGCAACCUCAAAAGAUCCUGUGGACGCUCUACAGAGGCAGUAAUGUUUUAUUACUGUAACUGGUCUGUGACUGCACAGCAAUCAGUACUUGGCAUGACCAGUCUUAGCAUGUGGCAUGUAUGAUGGGCACUGGGCUGUCCUAUGCCUUUAAAUAUGUUUAGUUUAUGCUAGGAUACAAUGCCUGCUUCUUUUCACUAUAAUAAAGCUGUGUCUUAGCAUUCGUU